CUCGCCAAAUGUGAAAUGUUGACUGUUGUACUUAUUUAAGAACGGAGGUAGUAUUCUUUUAGGAUUUCGCAUCUCAUACGGAGUAUUUUGUAUAUGAUCAUUUCCUUUUGAAACAGAUGUAUAGGAGCUUGAGGCGGAGGCCUGGUUUGGCAGAGCAAGGUAGUGAUUUUUCAUGCGUAUCUUUUCCAUUUCUUUUCAAGAUCUUCAUUCGAAAAAGGGAUUGCUUUUUUUUUUUUAUCUUUCGUUUUUUUUUUUGCGGCGGAGUUAAUGAAGAUUCCCAAAAUGGGAAAAACAAACAGGCCCUUGCCGGUGCAGUCAACCAUCCACCUUCUGCUUCCUCUCCUUCUUCAUCAUCGUCUCUCCUCCUUCACAACUUCUCUCUUCCGGCGGCGGCACGGCCGGUAACUUCCCACCGGAAAAGAAUGUGCGGCGGCGGCGAAAAAUGUAUCUUUAGUGGUGGGGUGAAGGAGAAUAAUGGGAAAGGUGGUGGGGGAGAGGGAUUAAGAAGGGAAUGUCCGAGUCACAGUCUUCUAGACUACGUCUCACUCGGAGCUCAGCCCCUCCCUUCGUCUUACCUGAGUCUUCAUCAGCAAGAAGUUGACUUUUUCAAGGAGGAUAUGAGGAAUGGACACGUGGAACUUGAAAAGUAUGUCAUAACCAAGUCAUUAACGAAACCCCUGGCCUGAAGCCUUCCCUGAUUCAAAGUAUCAACCUCAUGUUGAACUUGCUCUAAGGUUGAAGAAAAGCGGUUACAUUACUGGAUGUUCUGUUGGUGAUACUGUGCCAUAUAUCAUCUGCUGUGAACAAGUCCGCCAUGACUUAUUGCGGUCUGUAACGUGUGUACGGAGGACGAAGAAUUCUGUUAGUAAUCAGUGACACGUGGCACACGAUCCACAACAAGUGGAAGUUAGGCAUAGCACUCGGGUGAUAAAAGAUGAUAUAAGACUGAAAGAUUACACCGUUGGGUCAAGUUGGAGGUGAAACUUCUUCCUGAACCCAUCUUCUUCAUCUCAGAUUUUCUCCUUUUCUCAAUAUUCUCUAAACACUUCCGUUCAUUUUAUUUCUAAACUAGGUGAAGAAUAAUGUUGUUGUUCAUUGAGAGAUGGAUAUCUGGAGCCAACCACUUUAAUUGUUCCGUUGUUUUCUUCUUCUUAAUGUUUGAGGCUUGUUUCCAGACAAUUGUUGCUAUUGAUAAAUUUGUAGUCGUACUCUUUUUAUAUAUUCUACAUUAUAUCGUUUCACGGUCACUCUUUCUUACACUGUUGAGCUACAGAUCAUGGCUUCUGCUCCCUGUGAAUAGGGAAAUCCUACAAGUAGCUCUGUGGGGAUUGCUCAACGGGCAAGACAUCCCGAUGAGCUGAAGAAUGAUAAUACAAAAUGGAUAAUCGACAUAGAUUUUUACCUUGCACAACAGGUAUAUUGCUCUAUACAAAAUUAGCCGUUGCCAUUUUUUGUUUUACAAAUAUUUUAUUGU